UGCGAAAGUGCGAUAGUAUCGAGUAAACAUGAGUUUGUGCAUGAGUGUGGGAAUUUAUUAAACAAAAACGAAACGCGGACAAACUAUAUUUAUGUAAUAAACGCCAAGCCGCAACGCCAAAGAGCAUUGAGCAGAUCACGGCUAGAUCGUAUUAUUUCGGCGAACGCACCUCUCAAUCGACUACAAUCAAAGUGCAAAAGCUCAAUCAAUUGAUUCGUUUUGCUCAACCAAAAACAAAAUCUAUCCCCAAAUCGGUGCGAUAGUUGCCAAAAAGUAAAAUCAACUACAUAAAAACACAACACACACACACACACGCGUGCAAGACAACAAAAAAGAAGAAGAGCAGACGCCAGCUAUAAAAAAAGCCCCAAAGAAGUGAAAAUAAGACCAUCCCCCCUUCUCCACCAAAAAGGGGUAAUAAAACUGGGCGACAACUAAUAAUUGAACCCAAAAAACCCGCGAAAAUUUGUAAAGAAAAACUAUUUUCCAACAAAAUAACUAGAAGCCUUGUUAUCGAUUUUGUUCCGUGUGUUUGUGUGUGUGAAGCGCGCCCGCGUGCGGUUGUGUGGGUGAGUGUGUGUACGUGUGCUCUCGGCGCGUUAUCAAAAACAACAACAUUCGUUGCAAAAGGAGAAAUAAAGAAGAAGAAGAAGGAAACUUCUUUAGCCGGUUGCAAAACGCGCCAUCUCGCUCGCACCGCGGUCAAUCGCGGAUCGUGGUCGAUUUAUCCAAUUAAUCGUCCCGAAAAAAAACACUGUACAAGUAGUUGAAUUAUUUCAAAUGAUUUCGCUGCUGCAAAUGAAAUUCCAUGCACUUUUGUUGUUGCUAUCAAAAGUAUGGACAUGCAUCUGUUUCAUGUUCAAUCGCCAAGUGCGAGCUUUUAUCCAGUAUCAACCGGUUAAAUACGAACUCUUCCCGCUGUCACCCGUCUCGCGGCACCGCCUGAGCCUGGUGCAGCGAAAGACCCUCGUUCUGGACCUGGACGAAACGCUGAUCCACUCCCAUCACAAUGCGAUGCCCCGGAACACGGUGAAGCCGGGCACGCCGCACGACUUCACCGUCAAAGUGACCAUCGAUCGGAAUCCAGUACGGUUUUUCGUGCAUAAGAGACCGCAUGUGGACUAUUUCCUGGACGUGGUUUCGCAGUGGUAUGAUCUGGUGGUCUUCACUGCCAGCAUGGAGAUAUACGGAGCGGCGGUGGCAGACAAGCUGGACAACGGACGAAACAUCCUCCGGAGGCGAUACUACAGACAACACUGCACGCCCGACUACGGAUCCUAUACCAAAGACCUGUCGGCCAUCUGCAGUGACUUAAAUAGGAUAUUCAUCAUUGACAAUUCGCCCGGGGCCUAUCGCUGUUUUCCCAACAACGCCAUACCCAUCAAAAGUUGGUUCUCGGACCCGAUGGACACGGCGCUGCUGUCGCUGCUGCCCAUGCUGGAUGCGCUGAGGUUUACGAACGACGUGAGAUCGGUGCUGUCGAGGAAUUUGCACCUGCACCGCCUCUGGUAGCAGGUGGGCCGCUUGUCGCUAGUUUAGUUAAUCUAUUUAGGAGGAGCAAUGAUAGCCAGCGAAGUGGGGAUAAUAUCUUCUGAAAUUAACAACAAACAUGGUGGUGCUGUGACACAUUAACGAAUUUUUUCAUUAUUAUUAUUUUCACCAUUCAGUCAGAUGAGCGGAGGACACACAGAUAAAGGAGAAAGUUGAGGAUAGAUGAUAGAUUGACAGAUUUGGAAGCGAUGGUUUUUCCUUUUGUGUAUAGAGACUAAAAGAGUUUGUAACAAUCUAACUAUACAUGCAUAUUUGUCCAUAUGUGUAGACCAGCUAUGUUUAUUAGACUUAUUAUUUUUUUUUUGCUUGUUUUGUGCGGGUAUAUUUUGAUUAUAAUAUCAAAUGGAAACUCUUGAAUACAGUAUAUAUAUGGAAGUAAAGCAGAGUAGAAAGCGAAUUGUCAACAUAAAGAACAAAUUUGUCAAGUUAUAUAUCAUAUUAUUAUAAAUUAAAUAUAAGGCCACUUACAACAAGAGUCUUAUAAUUUCUAUACCAUGAUAACAUUUAAUUAGUAUGACACGAAUUGUUUUUGUGAAGAUAACGAGACAAAGCAAAAUACUUAUAUUUAUACAAAUUAGUUGAUUACGAAACUUUCCUGGACAUCAUUAUUAUGUAUAAUUAUUGAAUAUGUAACCGAUUCUGUAUAGACUUAUAUAUGUUCUGCCCUCGUUUCCUGUACAAAACUAAACGAAUGGAAGAUCUUCAAGAGUUUCAUUGCUUGCAAACCAAA